AUGGCUGUAUCGAAUCUCGUCGAAUCAGCAGACAUUCUUGAUGUUCUCAUCAUCGGCGCUGGUAUAUCGGGUAUCAAUGCCGCCUACUACUUGGCCACGCAUGGCCCUAAAAGGCAGACGUACGCGAUUCUUGAAGGCAGAUCAGCAAUCGGCGGAACCUGGGAUCUAUUCCGCUACCCAGGAAUUCGCUGCGAUUCUGACAUUCUGACCUUCUCCUUUGCUUGGAAUCCAUGGCAUGGGGACAAACUCCUGGUCGGCGGGCCUGAACUUUGCGACUACAUGAGGCAAUCUGCCGAGAAGAUUGGCGCCGAUAGGCACAUCAAGUUCAACACUAUGGUUCGAUCUGUUUCGUGGUCCUCAGACAAGUCGCUGUGGACUGUCAAUACAAUUGUGGAUGGCCAAAGACAACAAGAGUACAAGUCACGAUUCAUCAUCCUUAGCACGGGCUACUAUGACUAUCGCAAUCCUAAAGAUCACAUCAUCCCCGACCUCAAGACUUUCAAAGGUGACAUUGUGGAACCGCAAUUUUGGCCAGAAGAUCUAGACCUCGAUGGCAAAGACGUUGUCAUCGUUGGUAGUGGCGCCACGGCCGUUACUAUUCUUCCCAAUAUCGCUGCCAAGACGAAACACACGACCAUGUUGCAGAGAAGCCCUACUUAUAUCGCCACCGUGGCCAAUAGAAUUCCCUCGGUGGAUAGAAUGGCUAGGGCUUAUCUUCCCGCACCUCUCGCCCAUUGGGUCAGUCGGAUGUAUCACAUGGUCAAAUCUUACGCUUCUUACACCUAUGUAGUGAAGAACCCAGAGAAGGUGAAGCGCUUGAUUAUGGCUAGAAUGGAACAGCAACUACCUCCCCACAUACCGGUAGAACCUCACUUUUCUCCGAGAUAUAAUCCUUGGGAGCAAAGACUGUGUGCCUGCCCCGAUGGUGAUUUCUGGGCAGCUCUACGAUCCGGCAAGGCCAGCGUGGUUACCGAUGAGAUCGAUCGCGUUUCCGAAACUCAGAUCCAUCUGAAAUCUGGAAAGGAUAUAACAGCGGACUCCCUCAUCCUCGCUACCGGCCUCAAGCUCCAAUUUGCUGGUGGGAUUGCAAUCUAUGUCGAUGGUGAGCUUAUCGAGCCAUCUCACAAGUUUGGCUGGAAGGGCUGUAUGGUCCAAGAUAUACCGAACCUGGCGUUCAUUAUUGGAUAUACGAAUGCCUCGUGGACACUCGGCUCUGAUGCUAGCUCUUAUCUGCUCAUGAGGCUCCUGAGGACUAUGAAGGCGAAGUCGGCUGACUCGGUUACGCCGAGGGUGCCGAAGAAUGCUGAUAUGAAGGCCGAGCCCUGCUUCAAAUUGAGUUCCACGUACUUGAAGAACACUUUGGCGGUUUUCCCUAAAGACGGAGAAGGUCAAUGGAGGUUUAAGACCCAUUACAUGUCUGACAUGUGGGACGCGAGGUGGGGUGAUAUUGUAACUAAUCUUGAGUUCCGCUGA